CACACUAAUAUCGUGAUCGCGCUUAGUUUACUGUUAAUUGCAGAGUUGCUCUGCUAACAAUAAUUUAUGUAUUGAUUUGAUACGCCCAACGCUGUGCAAUGAAAUUUUGUGAAUAAUUUUUAGAUACACGGAUUUUCAUUAAAAAGUUUAAAGUAUUCUAGUGUAGGAAAAAGAGAUAACAAAGAAUAGAUAGCCAUGGCAGAUGAAGAAGAAGAAAAGGAAUAUCGGUGGGAGACAGGCUACGAAAAAACAUGGGAAGCAAUCCAGGAAGAUGACCAUGGAAUGUUGGAAGCCUCUGUGGCAGACAUUAUUCAUAAAGCCAAAAGAAAACGGAUGCUAGAAAGAAAAGAAGGUUCACGUUUAGGUAUGAUGCGGCAUCUGUACAUAAUUCUUGACUGUUCUGAAUCAAUGACAAAUCAAGAUUUAAAACCAACACGUUUUCUUUGCACAUUAAAGCUGUUAGAAGGUUUUAUUGAUGAAUUUUUUUAUCAGAAUCCUAUUAGUCAGUUAGGUAUCAUUAUUUCAAGAAAUAAAAGAGCUGAAAAAAUUACGGACCUUACUGGGAACUCUAAAAAGCCUAUAUCGGAUUUAAAAAAUCUGCAACACACAUCUUUCACUGGUGAACCAUCACUUCAGAACUCUGUGGAAUUAGCAUUAAAAACUUUAAAAAUGUUACCAACCCAUGCAAGUAAAGAAAUUUUAUUGAUUAUGGGUUCUUUAACAACUUGUGAUCCAGGAGAUAUUGAAGAGACUAUACAGGCAUUAAAAACAGAAGGAGUUAGGUGUAGCGUUAUUGGUUUAGCCGCAGAAUUAAAUAUUUGUAAAAUACUGGCUGUUAAUACUGGUGGUGAACAUGGAGUUGUUUUAGACGAUAAACAUUUCAAAGAAAAAUUAACAGCACAUAUUGAUCCACCACCAGCUGCAACAAGAUUAGAUGCUGCUCUAGUCAAAAUGGGCUUUCCACAUCAUGCAUUGCAGACAUCUGCAACUGAAGCAUCUGUAGCUGUCUGCAUGUGUCAUGCAGAUAAACCAGAUGACAGUUCGAGAUUUACCAAUCCUGGUUACUUGUGUCCUCAGUGCCUUGCCAAACAUUGUGAAUUACCUGUAGAGUGUAGAUCAUGUGGACUUACCCUUGUGUCUGCACCACAUUUAGCUCGAUCAUAUCAUUAUUUAUUUCCUAUAAAACAUUUUACUGAAGUAACUUAUGAAGGAAAUCCAACAAAUUGUUAUGCUUGCCAAAAGGCAUUUGUUGACAGUGAUAAAAAAGUAUACAUUUGUGAAAAAUGCAACCGGACGUUUUGUGUUGACUGCGAAAUUUUUAUCCAUGAAUCCCUACACACGUGUCCAGGCUGUGCAACUAACUCUGCCAUUAUGUUCAAAGUAAUAAAUAACAGCAAUAAUGCUUCAUAACUAUAGUCUAUUGAACGUACACCUACAAGUAGUUUUUCGUAAAACGUACAAAUGCAAUUUCAUAUUCAUGUGUAAUUGAAAUAGAUUUGAAUUUGGCAGGACCAAAUAUCACAUUUAUUAAAGAUUGACGACUUUUUCACCUCAUUCGAGAUAGUUGUAAGAAGUGUAACCACUGCUAGAAAUGUGAGUAUUAGGGAAAAUGGACAUGUCUACCAAAUGCAAACUAUGUUCAAUCAUGUAGUUAGUCAUAUAUCGAUACAGCUGCUCGUGCUUCUGAAUCAGAGGCAUAUUUUUCGUGCCUAUAUAUUGACAGAAAAAAGUAUUUUCAUUUCAUGUUUACGCAGUUAUUAUGAUAAAGUUGAUUGUGUUAAAUAUGUGAAUCAUUCUCUAAUUCUCUAUCCAUUAAAUAUGUGUCAGAUAAAUGCUUACAAAAGAUUCUUAUUCGUACUCAAGUCGACUUAUUGACGACAACCUACGCAAAAAUAAAAAUUAAAAUGUGAAAAAAAUCAUUCGAAAUCAAGUUCUGAUGAAUCAAAUAGUUCGUGCAACGAACUCGGUUCAUACUUUGAAAACAUUAGCAAUAUUUGUACCGGGUUCCGAAUAAAUUCGAUUACGUUUAUUAAAUAUUGAUCAUAAGAAACAAGAAAUGCCUGUUUUUUAUAAAGCCAAUAUUUUAAAUAAAUUACGUUAUGUAAGUUCUUACACCUUGAAGAAAAGUACAUUUUGAUAUUAGUGCGAGAAGUGUCAAAAAUAAAUAUAUUUUGCAUAUAUUUUCCUUUAUUUCAACAAAAUCUAUUCAAGGAAAUAAACGAGCAGAAUUGAAAAAUUGAAUAUUUUAAUUGUAAAUUUAUAUUUAAAUUUACGCACCUAAAAUUGAGCUAGAAUAUUCUAUUUUCUAUAGCCUUCUUGAUUAUUGAGCCAAGAUAUCUUAAAUUUGAAAUUCUUCAGACAUAAUGGAUUGAAAAUUUUAACAUUUUCAAAAUCCCAACUCUCCCGCUAAUUAAAACCUCAAGUAUAGCUUAUAUUAACAAGCAAAGUAUAAUUAUAUUUGUGAGUAGAACUUGAAAAAAGUUUUAAAUAUUGAUAUUUUUAUUGGCAGGAAUUUAUUAGAGGCUUUUUACGUAAGAACAUAUCCGUCUACGAACAAC